UGGGAUGCGAAGCAGCCGGGGGAAAAGCAGGUCGUGCCCCGCUCGGCCCGAAAGCUGGCUUCUUUCGGCGCGUCGGUCUUCCGUCGGCGCGGCGGGCCGCACCGCAAACGCAGCCAGAGCCUGGGUCAGGGCUGCCUCGCUCAGGCAUGCUGGCCCGCACUCCGGAGUGACGACGCCUUCCACCGGCCUACGUCGCCCGCCGUGAUCCUGCAACGGCGCGAAGUCCGCGCGACGGCGAGCUUCCCGUCUCGGGAGACGGUGUUCCGGGAGCCGGAAACGGUCACCAAGCCUUAUGCAGCGUCGUGGCGGUUGCGGCGGCUGUGUCGGAACCACGAGCCGGGCUCUGCUCCGUCGAGAAUUCGGAGGCCGGGAGCGCGCUGCCGAGCCGCACCCGCCGGCGUCCGGUAUGGCUUGCCGCCGUCUCCUGUGCCGCUGAGAGGCUAGAGCGGCAGCCCCAUGCGGCUGCGUCGUGAGAGCGGUGGCGGGGGCGGCGGCGGCGGCGGCAACUGCAGCCCCGAGGAGCUGCAGGAGCGCCGCGCGCGCUGCAUCGCCCUCGAGAAGGCCUACGUGCACGACGUGUACGAGCAGCUGGCGCCCAGGCUCGCCAGGCCCCGACUGUGGCCACGCGUCCACCAGUUCCUGCGCGAGCUCGAGCUGGGCAGCCUCGUCGCCGACGUCGGUUGCGGCAGCGGCCAGUACCUGGAGUCCGCGGGCAUCGGGGCGUUGGGCUGCGAGCGCAGCCAGACGCUGGCGCGCGCCGCCGCCUCCUGUGGAGGCCAUCAGGUGGUGCUGGGCGACGCACUGGCGCUACCAUUCCGAGACGAGGCUCUGGACGCGGCGCUCUCGGUUGCCGUGCUCCACCACCUGGCCUCCACGGAACGCCGGGUGCAGGCGCUCAGGGAGCUGGCACGCGUGCUGCGCGUCGGCGGCCGCGUGCUCAUCACCGUGUGGGCCAUGGAGCAGACGCAAAGGAAGUUCGAGUCUCAAGAUGUGCUCGUCCCCUACCGGCAGCCAACGAAGAGCAGCAGUGAGGACCGCGGCUCGUCAGUGGAACGCGAGAUGACCAGCACGACGACGAGCGAAGACGACCUGCUGGUCUACCAGUCGUACAACCCGCCAGCCUCGGACAGCGACACGGCGGCGCCGGCGCGAUCGGGUCGCCGCCGCCGAGGCAGCGUCGACGGCACGGACCUGUCGAGCCCCGGCGAGACGUGCUACAGCUUCAUGCGCCGUGCGCUGCGCAAGCUGUCCUCCAGCAACCACCGGUCCCGGCCGUACUUCUACAGCAGUUGCCGCGGAGGAUGGUUCUCGGACAACAACACCACCGCCUCCACUGACAGCAAGGUCACCUCGCCGCAGGGGGCCGAAAAAGAGCCACAGCCCGAUGCGUGCGCCGCUGCCGAGGCGCCUGAGGAAGAGGAGGACGAGGACGACGGACUCAUCGAACUGCGUCACCUUGACGCGGAGUUGCCCAUCGAGGAGAUUUCUGCAGCGCGAAGCAGGCCGCCUUCGGGCCUCGACGGUGCCGCCGAGCGGUUCGUCCGCGGCCACGGGAAGUCUCGCUCGCUAGGUGACGUCCUCAGCAUCAUUCCCGCCAUGCUGCGAGCGCGGCGCAGGAAAGAGGGUUCACAUGAGUUCCAGAAGCGCAUAUCGACGGCCAGUGACCCGCGCGAGUACCUGCAGAGGAUAGUGGAGGAGAAGAACGGCAUCGUGCGCUCAAAGUCAACGGCGUCCUGCUGCGCCAGGUUCGAGCAUCUACGCGAGGACUACCUGAUGCCGACCAUGGUGGAGAGCCAGGAGUCACCCGAAGAACCGGAGGCGAGUGAGGGGCGGGACACUGAAAACAAGUCGAGCAGCCGCGCCGGUGACGAGGACAUCAACCCCACUACCAACUUGUCCAGGCAGCUGACCACGACGGACAUAGCGAACGGAAACAGCAUCCUGAGCGAGGAGCAGCUGUCGUCGAUAGUCAAAGAACAGCUCGGAUACCUGCAAUCGCCACCAAAGGGCUUCAACGGCUGUCGAACAAAGAACUGGUUUAACUCGUUCAAUAAUAAUGCCAACUUGGAAAAGUGCCUGAUCAGCGCGACAUCGACGACUACUGUGCACGACUACAUCUCGACCAAGGUGAGCAGGGCUGGCGCGGCGCAGCUCGCUCGGAAGCGCAUGCGCCUCGGUGGUCAGAGACUACAAGAAAAGUCGCUGCUCAAGAAUUUCUACAACCAUUGCUCCCUGGGCGAAGCGGAGGAGAAGCGGUCCAGAGUUGGCGAGAAGAAGCAGGACGUUCCCAUGUCAACGUACUAUUCCAUGCCUGAUCUCCACACCCUCACAGAAGAAUCAACCCAGGUUCCAGAAAGACCCGUCGAGAACUUGAGAGUUCCUCUCGUCAAGACGGAAUACCAAGAGCGUUCUAAAGACUCUUUUGAUUCUGACAUUUUUGUGGAAGACGAAGAAGCAUGUCGUGUGCUUCAGAGCCGACGCAGGGUAGUGAAGCGAAGCAUGAGCGUCGGUACGAACAAUGGAGCUGAGCCGAGAAAACAGUACAGACGGUUCUCGGCCUCUUCGGCAUCGGCUUCGAUGUGCGCGUCUCCCACAACACCCCGCAGCCGGAACGUGUCAGAAGACUCAGAAGAGUCGAUUAUCUCUGUGAGGUCACGAAAAUGCAGCAGCCUGCAAAGUGACACCAGUGUGGACAGUGAGGAGUCGAUCGUGUCUGUGAUACAGCGAAGCAGUAGUGAGAUCGAAGCCAUCAUGCAACGGAAGGAACUUCAAAGGGCUACAACAAGCAGCCUCAGAGCAUCGCCACUCAGCAUUACGCUGGGAGCACAAGAAGCGUCGUCGCCCGAGUUUUCGCCGACGUUUAAAUCAGCGCCCAAGAACUCACCUCCUCUCUUGGGCGCGUUUCCGCGACAGUAUCUCGAGAAAUUCUCCGAUUGCGAAGCCGUGGUGAUUCGUGACGUAAUAGGGGCAAUUGUAUCGUUCGCUCAGUGCACAGAUACCAUAUACGUGGAGCAGUGGGAAAACCUGGCGGACUCGCCCCAGCAGCCGGAAGAUGCGGAGUCGAUCGGAGAAAUCGGGGAUAACGACAGCGAGUCAGGAGACACGGAAUCUUACAUGUCCAAUCCCGACUGCACAGCUGCUGGUGGUGACGCCAGUUGCUGUGAGGACGAUAUUCCACAAAUUGAGUUCGACGUGGCAGAUCUGGACGAUCCGUACUGCACGGCGGCCGACAUGGUGCACGAGGAUGACAGCCUCACCACAAGCAGCGAAUCGCAGCAGACUCAGACGUUCUUCACUUGUCCCAGCACCGAUGAUCCCAGCUCGCCCAGGUUUCCGGAAAGUACGACAUCCAGCUCCGAAGGGACCUUGGAACCCGAGACCGAAAUUCUAUCUUCAGAGAACGAACUCGAAACACUUAACGUUCGUCCAGAAUAUAGCUCAGCGAGCCCACUAUCGCCAGAGUUUUGGAUGGAGAAGACAAACGGUGCAUCGCCUACAUUGUCUAACGUUAGUCCAAUCGACGAAAAACCGGACACAAACGAAGACUUGACCAAGUCGAUGUUCAAUACUGACAGCGGUGCUGGCCUUAUCUCGUUUGUAUUCCCAGCAGAUGACAGCAUGCCGGAAAGUACAGACUUCCCUGACGAUUUCGUGUACAAAAAGGGCACAGAGGUACAAACUGAAGAGAAGGACGUUGACUGCAGUCAGACACCCAUAAAGCUUACUGUUAUCAAAAGAACGUCGCCGUUCGCGCAAAGCAGUUGUGGAGGCAUGCAACAGUCGAAGCCUGGCGAAAAAUACUGGGAGCACUUGCUGCCGACUGUGCUUUCGAUGGAUGCAGAUGAUACUCCGGUAAUUCUUAAUGUCGAAACAUCAAUAAAUCAGCAGUGUGGAACACCUGAGGCGAGUCUGGAUAACACUAUUAACGCAAGCGUAUCGUUACGCAAGCCGACAACAACCGAGGACAGCUCGCCAGACGACUCUUUAGAAAGUAUAGAGGAAUGCAGUGAAGAAGAACUGCAUGAUGAACACGAGAAGGCCGAUGUGCCCGGUGAAGAGCAAAAUUCUCCGAUAGAUACGCAGCCGCAGCUCGCAAAACCGGAUCAGCAGCAUGCGUACGAGAAUCAAACUGAAAGCACUUCUUUUGAAGAAGGAAAUGACAAUGAAAGCGCGGCUGCUUCAGUGGUGAACGAUGCACCACAGGUCACUACAGAAGACGAUGUGGAAGACGAACCUCCGGCAUUCAACUUUGUCGUCGAAGACUACAGCGAGGAGAGCGAUUCCUGCAACGAGCCGGCAGUCGAAGGAAGCGCGGCGCCGACGUACGACUCACUGACAGUUGAAAGGUUAGUGAACAGUACCUCUAACGGCUCCAGUUCAACCGCUAGCUUCCAAACCGUGCUGCAGUGUCCGAGUCCCACGACCGCCACAGCUGAUGACGACGAUGACGCUGAAAAAGAAGCCGUCGUGGAAAUAGAGGCUCCAGUGGAUGCCGGUGACAACGGGAGAGAAAACGAGACGUCAGCGGAGGCAAAGGGAAGCCUCGACAGGAAGGAGUCCGCUUCGCUAUCGUCAUCUCAAGAGUCCCUGCAGGACACCGACGGUGGUGGAAGUUCACUGAUGCUCCACAGGUACUAUCACGUGUUUCGUGAGGGGGAACUGGACAGCUUGAUCGACAAGUACGUCGAAAACCUUCAUAUAAUCUCUUCGUACUAUGAUCGAGCAAGCUGGUGUGUGAUCGCUGAAAAAGUGCAGGUGUGGACAAUAUAGAACGCAUGCGCGUGAUCGUACUGCAGUACGGGGACGUCCAGAAGACGUGGUGUGCUUGGAGGACAGUGUUGUUUAUGACAUCGGAGACGAUAGUUGCCUGUACUUCGAUUACACACGUUGAUUGAACUGAUCUCUGAGCCUGAAACUAAAAUUACUAAGGUUGGGUGUAGGUUUGGAGAAGCUUAAAGAGUUGUCACCAUGCGAGGUACAGCCGUACACACACUUAAAAAAUACAAGUAAUUGUACAUUUGAAGCAGCCUUAUGCAGCAGGCAACGAAAAAUGCAAUCAAUUGCGAAUUGUGAAAGUUGUACAGCCUCAGUAAUAGUCAUAUUGUGAGCAAAUAAGAGAGCAUUAACCACCACCGCCGGCAUAUAGCAUACUAAAGCGAUCUAGGUAGCUAGCCUUAAGCUUGAAUCUUAACAAGCUUCAUUUUAGCGAAGCCAUACAUAGUUACAGUAAAAGACAAGAUGCUGAAGCUCCCGAGCACACUGGUUAUAAUAAUGAAAGUUCCAGUGAGAACAGACAUCGAUGGUUUUAGAGCAAAGCUGCUGUUGAGAGUAUAUGCGGGAGAGAGCGUCUGCUCCAUAAAACGUCCGUUCUUAACGUCCGCUCCAAAUGACGGCAAAAUGUUCUUGAAAUAACUUUUAAGAGCUAGCACGAUUAAAUUUGAGCAGCAUAUGUUGGACGUGUUAAGGUAUACGUGCGCGGAAAGUUACAACUGAGUAAGGUCAUUAGGCGAGUUUUGGGAAAUUACUUCUCGUUCAUUGCCUCAUUUUCCUAACUUUGUUGAUCGUAUCAAGAAUAAACUUGGUUGUAAUCGUAUAAAUCGUGGGAGGAACGUGCUGGAGAAAUAUUAAAGUUUUAGGUUUAACACUGCCGUAGAACAUUUACAGUAUGCCGCCGGAGUCUAAUUAAAAUGCUCCUUUGAGCAGUGGAUUACAUUUCGAAAUGCUGUAAACAAUUGGCUCACCAUUUCCGCUUUACGCCUUGCACACACGUAAGGGAGGUACUUUACGCUUGACUUCAACCGCUUUAAGCAUUCUUCAAGGCUCAUAAGUGUUAAAAGGGUGAAAUGCAAGCGAUUGAGCAUACAAAGCCGCCGGCGCAAACAGCUGUGCGCCGUGCGGAGGAGGUGAGAAAAGUACACGAGGACUACAAAAAUACUCCACUGUAACGAGAAACGCCUUUUUGCCGUGAAAACAGCCCUGUGGUUCCUUUGUAUCAACUCUGCUUCUCUGGAAUUUCGGGUGUCAAUCUGCAAGGUAUACACGAAGUCUGCCGGCUUUUAUGUAGUACAUGGGAGCUUAAAGAUCAACAACAACCACGACGACAACAACAAAUACUAAAGAAAACAAAAACUAAGACGAAACAAAACAAAUCAAGAAAUAGAGUUUAAACUUUAUUAUUGUCCGAUCCUAAUGCAGGGGUCGAACUUUUUGCUGUUGUUUCUUGUCGAUCACUCUUUUAUAUUCCGUAUUUUCCCUUCCAAUUCCUUGCUGCUAUUGUUUCCCUAUUAUUGUUGUUCGUCAAGGACAGCCCUUGUUAACGUUCUGGAAUGUUGGGCAUAAUCAACUAACUUGACGUUCAUUGAUUACGUCGGUGUGUCUCUUUUCCUAUUCCCAGAGUGACCCAGAUAUUUUGUGCAGUGCGCCGAGAAGAUUCAAAGCGGGGAAUUCUGAUGAAGGGGCUGAAGGCAACAAGCUUCCGGUAACUCCAUUUAAUGCAAAGGGACAAAUAAUGUAGUUUAAAAAGAAAAGACUUAUGCUAUGGCAUACAAGCAUGUAAUGCAAUUUGGAUGGACAAACAUCCAUGAACAACGGCAAAACAAACGCGAUUAAAACUCUCUCGUACUUUGGUCGCCAGAUAGUGUCGACCAAAAAAAAAAAAAAAACGUUUUUUCGAGGCAGUAAAUGCUUCCAUUUUAAGUUAAAAACCUGUCUAUUUUUAAUUUGAAGUUCCAAAUGGUAUAGUGCUGAGGAAUGAGGCAUAGAUGGUCAUUGCUCUCAAUUUGUGGUGUAGCAGCCUUUGUUGUGCACAAAACGGACAAACGUGCGACGCAUAGGAAGUCGAUGGGAGUCCAAAGCUUGUCUUGAAUUUGUCUGCAAGUGCCAGAGCGUUCAGAAGUUGAACGUAUGUAUUAAAAGAACAGCGCAAUGGUUGUGGAACUUUCAGCAGUCGGCCUCUAAAUCAGUGCCGAAUGCCCAACUUUGUGUACUGCUAUUGACAGACCGGCUCCUCAAUAGUGUUGAGAGCUAUAUCGGCAGCUAUUUAAUUGGCUGACGCGAUCUUUAUAUUCCACAAAGGCAUCUCAAGGUAAUUUUUUUUAGAGAUGUCACCAGAAAAAGCAAGCUCCGAAUUCAUUACAAGCCAGAAAGCGCUUGAAGCGCUUUGGUGCUGAGUGUGUGCACGUCUGUACGUGUGUCUCUAGCUUCUGUUGUCCAGAAUCUGGGUGUGAUUUACUAUACGGGUGUCUUAUAGGCGCCUUAGGUGCUUCAGUUUCUUGAAAACAAGAAUUCAGACAGAGUUAGCACUGUUGACUACGGCCCAUCAAUCUAUUAUAUUACUCAAAGCAUGCCUUUAAGAUCAACGUACGCAGUGAUCAACUUCUUUCGUAGCCUAUUUCAAGUGAGCUAUAGCAAGAAGUUUAAUCCUGUACAUAUACCAUAGCUGGAGAGCAGAAAUUAUUCCUCGUGUAUAUUUAUCACAAUAUAUUUCAUAUGUCAUAUUCCAUGUUUUAAAUGCAUAACGUGGCGCUUGCCACGCAGAAACGUCAUAAUCAUCAAGAAAAAGUCAUUAGAAUUGAUCUUACUGCGAUCUGUAUCUGGCUACAAAUCAUUUUUCGCACCAAUGAGAUACUUAGUUGGCUGCUCUGCAACGCCAAAUCUCGCCGUUUACAAUUGUAUUAGUUGCGUUAGGGCAUAGAAAGUGAUUUGACACGUUAUUAUUACUCGAUUAUCCGCCUGAGUAACUACAACGACUUUUUUAUGCUUACAUUAUGAUGUCACUAAACCUUGUAAAUAGGAUGUAAAUAAACACCUUGUUCAUUCAGACUUCACA